UUGCUUUUAGGAGAUGGUUCGCCGUUAAGUAGACAAAAGGAUAGCGGCAGUAGCAGCAGGCCGAUCGCACUGAAAGCUUGGCGCCUAGGUUAUCAUUCACCUGUGCAUAUGACCUAGGCAAGAAUGUCGACAGCAGUGCAAAGAAGGCCAGACGUCUACCUUUUAGCGGUAGCCACAACGUGUUCGAUAACGGCGAUAACAGCACCGACCACAAUCGCUCUUGCUCGAGCAGUGCAGUAAGACGCUGACAUCGUGGAAAAGUGACACGGAUAUUUGACCUCUGCUAAGAAGGUUCAUCAAGGGGUUUCUUUUUUUUCUCGCACGCCCUACUUUUGCAAUCAUUAUUCGCUAUUGCUUCGUUAACUUCCGUCAGUCGAUAAGCACGUAGGCUGCUGUGCAUGGACUAGGCUAGUGUUGGAAAUUUGCGGUGCGUCGGAGUCUGCCAUUUAUUCACGACACAAACAACUAUAAAUUUGAGGUCGCCCUAUUACCAAGUGGUCGACGGCGUCCGCCGCUCCGUUAUCGUCCAGCCGGAGAUUUUGAGGAAAGCCCUGCACUUCACGCCAGCGAAGGGGGACAUCCUGCAGAUGUCCUAUCCGAAAUGCGGGACAGCAUUGGAUGCAGUACCUGACGCUACUGGUUCUCAACGAAGGGCGGCCCAUCAGGAGCUAUCAAGAGUUUGUAAGCAGCGGCCGAUCUCUCGAGUACGCCGGCGUCGAGGACUGGAAACCGUCCAAUGGUGAACGGGAACUUCCGUACAGAGCGCUCAUGACGCAUUUGGACCCACCGACGAAGAAUCGUCUCAACGUGAAUGCCAAGUACGUGUACGUGGCACGCAAUCCCUGGGAUUGUUGCGUCUCCUUCUACCACCACGUGUCAAAUCUUAGUCCGUUCCGUUUCCAAGAUGGGACGUUCGACGAGUUUCUCGCCUCGUUCCUGAGAGGUGACUUCGGUUACGGUGACUACUUCGAUCACCUCUUGGCUGGUUACGGCCUGAAACAAGAACCUAACGUGUUGUUCGUCACUUACGAGGAACUCAAGAGGGACGUACGCUCGGUGGUGCUUAAGCUUGCCUAUUUCCUUGGCGAACGAUACGGCAGAUCUCUGGAAAUGGAUGAACACCUGCUCCGAGCGUUGCUAGAGAGGUCGACGGUGGAGCGCAUGAGAAACGUGCUUGUUUUGGACUUAGCGGGAAAGGAGAAUCCCGCAAUGGACGGCAUCUUGAAGGGUCGCGAAGUUUACGCCAAUGUCGGAUAUCAGGGUGACCAGAAGAAGUACUCAUUCGUUCGAAGCGGAGUGGUAGGCGAGUGGAGGCAGCAUUUCACGAAAAGCCAGUUGCGCAAUAUGGAGGCUAGGAUUACCGAGAAAACCAGCGGCUCGGACGUUAUGGACUUGUGGAAGGACAUUGUGUUGGAAACAAAGGAUGUCAUGCGAGAUGGCGAGUAGCAUAGGUCGGUGGCAGUCUGCAUGAAUUCAGUCGCAUCG